AUGAGGCUACUUGUGGCGUUUCUCUUGUCAGCGUUGGGCUGCGGUCUCGCUGGAGGGCAGCUUGUGUCCAAAUGUGACCUAAUGAAGGCGUUUCAGGACAUAAAGCAGGAAGGACUGACUAUGGACUUAGUGGCUAAGAUUGUGUGUCACGCACAGCUUGCGACGGGUUUUAACACCAGCGCAGUGACUGAGUUGACUCCCAGGGGCGGACAACACAGUAGGGGGAAGAGGCAUGCGGGCAUGUUCGAACUGGCAAAGUUUGGGGACCUUACAACACCCCCUGGCCAUGGGCAUCCUCCACCAGCCACCAAACCUCCACCAGCCACUGAACAUCCACCGCACACAAGGUUUCCAUACGUGGUAAGCAAUGACCAUACAACACGCCCCAACCGGGUGCGACGGCUCGCCGGGCCUCCACCGCCUACCAAACUGGCACAGUUUGGGGACCUUACAACACCCCCUGGCCAGGGGCAUCCUCCAACAGUCAGUAAACCUCCACCAGCCAUCAAACCUCCACCGGCAACCAAACCUCCACCAGCAACCAAGCCUACACCAGCAACCAAGCCUACACCAGCCACCAAGUCUCCACAGGCCACCAAGGCUCCACCGGCAACCAAGCCUACACCAGCAACCAAGCCUACACCAGCCACCAAGUCUCCACAGGCCACCAAGUCUCCACAGGCCACCAAGUCUCCACCGGCAACCAAGGCUCCACCGGCAACCAAGCCUACACCAGCAACCAAGCCUACACCAGCCACCAAGUCUCCACAGGCCACCAAGUCUCCACAGGCCACCAAGUCUCCACCGGCAACCAAGGCUCCACCGGCAACCAAGCCUCCACCAGCAACCAAGCCUCCACCAACCACAAGGCUUCCAGAAGUGGUAAGCAACAACCUUACAGCACGCCCCAGCCGGGUGCGACGGCUCGCCCGCCCUCCACCGCCUUCCAGACCUCCACACGUGGAAAGCAACGAGACAGAGGACGAGCAGGUCUGGAUGCUCUACGGCCUUUUCCAGCUCAGCAAUCACCUGGUCUGCAGCGACGGCACGACUCCGUCACCCAACCUCUGUGAGAUGGACUGCAACAACCUUGUUGAUGGAGACGUACAGGACAGCAUCAGCUGCGUGUUGAAGGUCAUCAGCCAACUUAUUGAAAACGGUUUUGGGGCGGCUAACAGUGACGAGUUAAUAAGAAUGAUCAGGCUCAUCUUCCAGCCGGAGUGCAGCAAUAAGAAAGCCUCUGACUACUUCGCUGAAUGCCAGUAG